AUGUCGUCCCACAGGCAGACAGAAACCUCUACCAUUUUGCGGAAAUCUCCAGCUCCAGAUGAGGUUGUUGUGUCCGAAAAAGCCGAACUCUCACCCCAAGUCUCAAACCAUCUUAGCGAUGCUGGAAACCAAUCACAGGAGCACUACAAGUCCAGAUUGUCACCUUUCAGAUACAAGUUGAGGUCGAUGCUACUUCCAGCUAUUCGGGCUGAAACAAAAGUGUUGAAUUCUUUGCAAAGUUCACUUAGGCAUCCUUUGCUAGACUUUUAUUUUGCCUGGACUGCUAACUUAGCUUCUCACACUUUCUAUGUCUUGAUGCUUCCUCCACCCAUCUGGUUUGGUGCUGGCAAAUUGUGUCGUGAUCUUAUUCAUGUUCUUGGGUUCGGUAUCUAUCUAAGUGGCGGGCUCAAAGACUAUUUUUGUUUGCCUCGCCCCAGAUCUCCACCGUUACAUAGAAUCACCAUGUCUUCGUACACAACUCAGGAGUACGGGUUUCCUUCUAGCCACAGCGCCAAUGCCACCGCUGUAUCUCUCAUUUUGUUUUCUAAACUUGUAGAAAUACGAUCAAGCUUGUCUGCAGCCACUUUCUACGGUCUUCUUGCGGUGUUGUCCUUAUAUUACAUCUCUCUCAUUUUUGGCCGUUUGUACUGUGGCAUGCAUGGCUACUUGGAUAUCAUCACAGGCUCGUUAAUUGGAGUAUUUUGCUUCUCCUUUAGAUACUGGUACGGUGAUUGGUUCGACAAUUUGAUGUUUGACAAUAGUCUUAACGUUUGGAUAACCCCAGUGUUAAUUAUCGCUGGCUAUUUGUAUUUGAUUCAUAUCCAUUCUGAACCCAUAGACGAUUGUCCCUGUUUUGAUGACUCGGUGUCGUUCAUAGGUGUUCUUAUGGGCAUUGACUUGUCACACUAUGUUGCACACAAGUCGCUGUAUUUUACCAGCAGAAACGAGUUCCAGGAUCCAAUCAUGAUCCAUUUCAACUAUGCCGAAUUGGGUCCAGUCAAAAGUAUUUUGAGAUUCGUAGUGGGAGUCACUUUGGUAGUCAUCUGGAAGUCAAUAUCCAAGCCUGUUGUAUUCACCAUUCUCCCACCUAUCUACAAGUUUGUUGGAAUUUCGUUUCCUAGAAGAAACUACAUUGCUACAGCUAGCACUACGAAGUCGAACAGACAGAUCCGGUCUGCGUCUAUUUCCAACGUCGAAAACAAUAUUGGUGACCUCAACAACCUUAUCAAGGGAAUAACUGACCACAGCAAACGUGAUGAAAUGGGACCUGAGACUGAAAUCGACUACUACGCUAUUUUAGACUACAACGAGGACAAGUAUAAGAAUAAAAACAGGAAGAAAAACAAGAGGAAGAACAAUAGAAUUGACAAAGAAAAGGUGUCAGAUAUCUCUGAAAAUGAAGACGUCGAGCAGCAGCUUCAGUCAUUUUUGAACAAGAGUCAAGUAUUCAAACCACGGUACGAUGUCGAGACGAUAGGGAGAACCUUGGUGUAUGCUGGCGUCAGUACCACUGCCUUUUGGGGAUUCAGCUUUGUGUCCGAGUUGCUAAAUCUAGCCUAG